AUUUAAAUGAGUUUUUCAGAUGAUUCAGAAGAUGAAGAAGAAAUCAAAAAGCGACUUUAUGCAGAUCUAGAUUAAGUGUCAGUCAAUGAUAAUUAGACUGAAAGGAGUUUCAUAUUUGAAUAGCAUAAUUAUGAAACCCAUGAUUAUAAGCAAUCUAAAAUUUGGUUAGAGUUUAUGAAUCAAAAUAAACAGAGAGAGGAAAUGUUGGACAAGAUUGAAAACGAUAUUUAGUUGAUGAAGUAAAUUAAUCAAGGCAAUUAAUGUAUUGAAAUUGAAGAUUACAAUGGGGAUCGUCUCAAAGUGGAACUAAAUGAUCAAUUGCCAAAUGAGAUUAUUACUUAAAUCAAAGAACAACCCCAACAAAAAAUCAUUUUACAUGAGGAAAUCUUGCUUCAAAAACAACCCACACCAAUCCAAGAUUUACAAAAAUCUAGCGUUUCAUUAACAGUUAAUAACAACCAAGUCAGAGCCCCAUCUGCUAAACAGACAAAACCUAAUAAAUAAAGUCUAUAAGAUCAAAAGCUAGAAUUAAUGUAUCAAUAAAGAGAGAUGAUGCAAAUGGAAAUUGAAGACAAUUAUUCUAGAGAAUAUUAAGACUAUUGGAUGAGAUAGCUCUUUAAAAAUAGACUCUAUACUCUACCUGAAGAAUUCCCUGCCUUGAAACCAAUAGCAUUCCAAAUAAAAAUACCAGAUUUCAGUAUACCGGUCUUCAAAACUCCUUCAAUCUAAAUUCCUUAAAUAUUGGAUUUAGUGGAAGACAAUCUCGCUCCAAGUAACACCAAAGAGUUGGUUUUCACGAGAUUACAGAAUAUUAAGUUUUAGAAAUUGAAAUAUGUUGAAACCCAACAAGAAACCAAGCCAAACAAAGAACUCUAAUAAUUAUAAUAGAUUGAUUCUGAACUCAAAUUCAAUAUUGUCUAUUAGGAUUAUUUGAAGAACCAAUAGUAAUUGGUAUUGAGUGAUACUGUUGAGGAUAUUUAUUGGAAAAAAGUGAAUAAUCUGCAUCAAGAUUUAAUGAAUACGUAAUGCAUUGUUGUUAUUUUAGGAUUAAUAAGUUAAUCCAAAAAUUUCCCAAGUACUCUUCUUAUCGAUCUCCUUUUACUGAAUACGAACAACCUAAAACGAAUUUAGAUAACAUUAGCAUUGCAGAGGACAAUUCUAACUUGAACCUAUUUCAAUAAUAUAUUCAAAAUAAUCAGGUAUCAAAACAUACCAGGAAAUUGGAAAUUAAACUUGAAAACCUAACCACACUUGAUGGAAUUUAGGAAAUGAAGGAUAUAAGAAAAGUGAUCCUAUCUUGCAAUCAACUCAAUGACCUUACUCCUCUUUCAGCAUUAAAUAAUUUAAUUGAAGUGGAUCUAUAAUAAAACAAUAUUCAGUCCUAUAAUUAAUUAGGUAAAUUGAGUAAUCUAAGAAUUCUACGUCUCGAAAUGAAUCACAUCUAAGAAAUGAGUAAACUUCCAAACUGUUUAUUUCUUGAAGUGUAUUCUUUAAAGGGCAACAAAAUUCACUCAAUGACUAAUUUAGAAAAUUUAGAGUUCUUGAAGCAAUUAUACCUUUAUAAAAACUAAUUAAAGAGCAUUGGGAAUAUAUCAAAGUGUUUCAUUUUGGAGAUUCUUGAUUUAAGUUCAAAUCAAAUAGAAAUUGGAUUGAAUGAGAACCCUUUUAAAAAUAACUAAUGUCUACGUAAAUUAAUUCUGACUAAGAACAAAAUAUAGCAUUUACCAGAAAUGAGACUGCUUUUAUUGAAUGAGUUGUAUCUGAACAAGAACAAACUGGAAUCCCUUGAUGGAAUAAUAUACUUACCCUCAUUGCAGGUAUUCUAUUAUUUUAUAAGAUUUUACAAGUUUAAGAUAACCAAUUACAGACUUGCUACGAUACUGAAUAUUCGAUCUCUUACAUUCCCAAUAUUUAGUAGAUAGAUUUAUCAGGCAACCGAAUUCAAUCCUUUGGCACCAUAAUCAAUUUCAUUCAAAGAUGCAAUGAAUUAAAACAAAUCAACUACCUCGAGAAUCCGUUUUUGCUUGGUUUAUCUGAAGUACGAAUUAACCAUUAUACUAGGAAGUAUUUCAAUUGUAUCGAUACAUGUUGAUUAUUAACUGUCCAUAGUUGAUUGAAGUCAACCAAGCAUUAUUAAAUAAGAAGGAUCAAGAAUUCUUGAAGGACAAAUUUUACGGUUUUUUAGAACCUCCUUUAAGGAGAUCGUAAUAGUUAGAUUUGGAGAGAAGUUUCAAUAAGUUAGUUAAUCAAUUGAAUAACAACACUUAAAUAAUGCAUAAGAUUAAUGGGUUGGAGCAAAGGAAAAUCACGAAAAUUCAUCCUUUUACAUAUACAGAGAGAUUUAAGAUCAUUCAAAUUUUAAAUGAUUUAACGUUCAUUAAGAACAACUUCUAGAUCAAUGUUGACGUUGAUAAAGAGAUUUCUGAUUUCAAUUUAAAAUAUUAGAAGUCCCUAUUUAAAGUAUAGUCAUUGUUAAUUAAAUGGAUUUACAGAUUCAAAAGAAGAUAAAAGUAUUAUAAAUCAAAUGUAAAUUAAUUGAUAAUUGUUCAAUCCUUAAUAAGGGGAUAUUUAGCUAGAAAUUAACCAAAUGUAAAGUAAUUUAGGCAGAAGUAUAAUAAGAAGAAAUUGCAUAUCUAUGCUAUUAGAAUUUAAAAGGUGUGGAGAGGAUAUAUCAUCAGGAAAAGAUUGAGGGAUAGGAUGAAGAACAUAAAGUUUGAAGACAGCGAAUUGGAUGAUUUAGGUGAGAUUGAUGAUGACUUUUUAAAAUAAGAUAUUGAUCUUAAUUUCGAUCUAAGAAUUCCAUAAGGAUUAGAUUUGUAGCAAAUUUUCAAAUAGAGUCAAAAUUAACAUCAAAUAUUAUAACAAUAAAUCACUUAAUAAGCACAAUAAAAAGUUUAGUAACAAUAAGUGCCUUUUAAAUAAUCAGCUUCUAGCACCAAGAAACCAUAAAACAACGUUGAAGUCUAGAUGAGAACUUCUCAUUUAUCAGGGACUCAAUCGUAGUCUCAAAUGGGGCAAAGUAAAUACAGUGAAAAAACUACAAAGACGGAUUCCUUACCAACAAUAGGAGAACAUACUAAAGUAAGACUAUGUUUAGAUUUAAUGAUAGAAAAUAAUGCAAAAUUGGAACUUUAAGGAUCCUGCUGUGGCCUACACAAUUGCUUGCAAGUUGCAAAAGGAACAGAAAAGAAAGAGUAAGGCUAAGGAACUAACUGCUUAGGAGAGAUUAGAGAGAUUUAAGAAACAUUGAAAUAAUUUUUAUUUU